AUGGAGGGUCUUAUUAAAGGUAUCUAUCGAAUAAAGUAAUGUAGACUCUUUAUUAAGAAAUCAAUCUUUAUUAUUGUAGCUACUUCACAAAUGAUAAUUGUUCUUAUUGAGCAUUUCCAAAGCAUAAAUUCUCGCUAUCGCUAGAUGUAGAUAAAUAUUUAGUUGAAAAAACGACUGUGGCUUCAAAAUUGUUAAAUUGAAGGUUAGCAACUGAAUUUUAGGAACCAGGUAAUUAUACAACUCCACAUUAUUAUGUUUAACCGUUUAGAUAAAUGUUAUUAUUACAGAGAGAAUGAGAAGAAUCUAUUAAGACAGAUAAAAAAGCGGCACAUUUUCCCAUACUAUAUUUAAUUGAAAUAUUUUUAUAAUAUAAAGGGAUUGAAAGUGAGGCCUGUGUACUUACAAUUAAGCUUAAAAAAAUAAAAAGUCCAAUAAAGCUGUUUUUUGCUACCAUUAUUAGAAUUUCUCUAUUUAAUUACCUAAGCGAUAUUCUCGUAUACAAUAAUAAUGUUUAUACUGAUGAAUAUUGAAAUUUCCCUUUCUUAAUUAAAAAUAUAAUAAUUUCAAUUUUUCUCCUUUACAAAAUUAAAAGAUAUUUAUCAUUUCUUAAAUUUAACUAUUAAUUAGAAUUUCCUUACAAUAAUAAUAUAUAAUUAAUUAGACAAUCAUAAGUAUACUAACAAUUUGAUAAUCAAAGAGAAGUUGUGA